CUCAGUUUUACUCCGUAAAGGAAGUGAACAGCUCCUUUUCCGUUUUUAACCUGGCGUUGUUGAGCACGCGUACAAGAUUUUCUACACUAGAUUAAUAUAUAGUUUCUGUAAUAUUGUGGCUGUAUAAAGGCAGCGAUAAUGAAACCCAUUCUUCUACAGGGCCAUGAGAGGUCCAUCACUCAGAUAAAAUACAACAGAGAGGGAGAUUUGUUGUUCUCUGUAGCUAAGGAUACAGUUGCCAAUGCUUGGUACUCUGUCAAUGGAGAAAGGCUUGGCACUUACAAUGGACACACAGGUGCCGUUUGGUGUGUGGAUGUUGACUGGGAUACCAAGAACGUAUUGACUGGAUCUGCUGAUAACAGCUGCAGACUCUGGGACUGUGAGACAGGAAAGCAGCUAGCUCUGCUGGAGACCAGUUCAGCGGUGAGAACGUGCGGCUUUGACUUCAGUGGGAACAUUAUAAUGUUUUCUACAGACAAACAGAUGGGCUACCAGUGCUUUCUCAACUAUUUUGACCUGCGAGACCCCCAACAAAUUGAGGACAACCACCCAUAUAAGUCAAUACCCUGCAGUGACUCAAAAAUCACAAGUGCAGUGUGGGGUCCACUUGGACAGUUUGUGAUUGCUGGCCAUGAAAAUGGAGAAAUCAACCAGUUUUGUGCUAAGUCAGGGGACAUUCUGAAGACUGCAAAGGAACACACCAAGCAGAUUAAUGACAUCCAGUCAUCUGUGGAUCUCACAAUGGUCAUCAGUGCUUCUAAAGACUGUACUGCUAAGUUGUUUGAUUCAACAACACUUGACCACAUCAAAACUUUCAAGACGGAGCGACCUGUCAACUCUUCAGCCAUUUCACCCAACAUGGACCACGUGGUUAUGGGAGGUGGUCAGGAGGCCAUGGAAGUCACAACCACUUCUACUAGGAUUGGCAAAUUCGAGGCCAGGUUUUUCCAUGCAGCCUAUGAAGAAGAGUUUGGGCGUGUGAAGGGACAUUUUGGCCCCAUCAAUUGUGUGGCGUUCCACCCAGAUGGGAAAAGUUACAGCAGUGGAGGAGAGGAUGGUUAUGUCAGAAUUCAUUACUUCGAUCCCCACUACUUUGAUUUUGAGCUUGAGGCAUAGUAGCUAUGGUUACCACCCGCUUUCAACAACACUUCUGUAACAUCUGACUACCAGACCCUAACUUCGGAGACUACACGGGGCUGAACAUGCAGACUGCAUUAUAUACAAUGACCUAGAUAUUGCAUUUAAAUAAUUUCAUGCUGUGUAUUUAAGGAAUCAUUCUGAAUAAACUGGGUUUGAGAUAUAAA